GUUUCAUUUACACCGAAACCAAAACAGAUGCAGGUGACUGAAUGUUGUUCCGUGACAUGACUGUCAAGUGUACAACUUUUCACGUGCAUAAUGGAAACAAAACCAAUAGUUACAUGUCACGGAGACCAGUCCCUGUUCUCCUCCCUUCACCCGCUUCUCUUACACUGGCUUCCCCAGGAAGCAACAGAGUGGAGAAGGUCCUAUAGCCGGGCUCCCAAGACAGUGUACCUGGAGGCUAGUUUUGUUCCCUAUGAUGAAGACAUUCUACCGACAGAUACAGACAAGACCCUCGUCAGUCGACCGUACUUCCACAUCUUCUGGACGUCUUGUGAUUUGGAUGCCUAUAAACAAUCAAUUCGUGAAGAACUUAUGGAAUGGACGACUGCACUGAAGAAAAAGAACAUUCCUGAUUGGCUGAUUGUAGUGGUUGCCAUGGAUGAAAGUAAACUGAAGUCCAAACUGCUACCUAGGUCUUCUGUGUUUGACAAAAUCAAAAGUGACUUCUGCACCAAGCAGCCUGAGAGAUGUGUUGUGGUGACUGAGCCACUGAAGCAGGAUCAGAAGACGAACGAGUCUUGGCAGGUUCUGCUCCAGCGACUCCGUACUCUGUUACUGCAGGCCUUCAACAAGCACCUCGGCAAAUACGAGGAUGGUAUGAGGAGUUUACGAGAGAAAAGAAAUGAACAGGGGUGGAAAUUUAACAGUUUCUUCCUUGUACAGGAGGAGUUGGCCUUUAUGUUUGAGAUGCUGGGUCUCUUUGAGGAUGCUCUCAUUCAGUACGAUGAACUCGAUGCUCUUUUCACCCAGUACAUUCUUUUCUUUGCUGCUGGAAACCCUGUAAACUGGAUGAUGAAAUACACAGCUGAGUGCACCAAAUGGUCAGGCUUGUCACUCCGAAAACCAAUCAACCGUGACAUCCGUGAUUUAAUCAAAGAUAAUAAGGACAGUUUGGUGGAUUUCCGAAGCUACCUAUUUUCGAGGCAGUGCGCUUUGUUAUUCCUCCUCAAUAAACCUUUAGAAGUUCCCAAACGAGCGAUGGAGUUCUUACACAACACUGUCCAGGAGAUUCGCAAGUUAAAGGUGAAGAUGCCAGUGGGAACCAUUGAUUGCUGGGUAUUCCUGAGCUGUUUAGAAAUCUUAAAUAAAUACCAACAAUUCAGUGGAUCGGAUCAUUUGAAGAGCCACUCCCUGUACACAGCGAGUCUGUGGGACUAUGCCAGGAGGAAGCUGAAAUACCUGGGAGAGCUGUGUGGGUUACGACCAGAACCGGACAUUGAACCAACGUCUGACCAACUCACUUUGGUGUUGGAUCUCAUUGCUGGUUUGGCAACAAAAGAUGAUGAAGACAGGGAGGACACACAUAAGAGACCUCCUGAAAAACUAGGAGAAGCCCUUUCAUCCAAGGAAGCCUUCACCAAAACUUACCUAGAGUUAUCUGAACUUGCCAUGGGGACUUUUAAACACAUCAGCAGGUUUAGGUCUGCCCGUCUUAUUGGAAAAGAUCUGGCUGAUUUUUACAUCUUACAAGGGGAACCUGAGAAAGCUGAGAACUUUCUGAUGGACGCUAUGAAGAGUUUUCACCAAGAGGGCUGGCAUCAUUUAGCAGACGACAUGAAGCUUGAACUGGCCAAAUGCCAGAAAAUGCUAGGAAACAGAUUAAAGUACCUUAAAACAGCGUGCCAGGUUGUGAGUAGUCCGACGUUACCUGAAGACGUGAGACAAACAUUCCAGAUGGAAAUUAUGGGCAUUGCUAAGGAGUGCUCAGGGAGUAACUACCUCUUAAAGGCAUCUCCGAUGAUUGUUGUGGAGGACCUGAUUGUGAGGGAACAUUCCGUAAUCUGUGAUCAGACUGUGUAUAUAGACGUCUUUCUCCAGUGCAACAUUCCCGAAGCGAUUCAUUGCGACACUGUCAGUCUGUCGAUUCAUCCUCACGCGUUCAUUAAACAAACUGUCUCAGGGAAGAAGCUGCUGUGUAAGGCUGACAGUGGGGGCAUGCUGAAAGAACAGGUGCCGAACUUUAACCCGAUCAAGAAACCCGUUCCUAGUCAUAUAGAGGUCAAAGCUCACACCGAAUCUUCAUCUAGUGCAAUUGUAUGUGUUAACACACAAGACUUGCUACGACGGACAGACAGCACGAAGAACUAUCGAAGGGAAUCUCAACAGGUCAAGGAGGAUUUCAGUGAAGCUUUGGUACUGGAGGGGGUGGAGCUGACCCCGGGGAAGAAUGUACUAAAUCUGUCCAAGCAGGUGUGUAACACAGGAGGAUACAAGCCUAGUCAACUAUUACUGAGAACCGGAGGUCUGGAUUUUCUGAAAAGUUUGGAGACUGAGGAGUAUUUCUGUGUGUUUCAUGAACACCCCGUUUGUGUUCUCAAGCCAGCUAUCGGAGAUUAUCUUCUGUCUGGUAUCACACAGCAAGCAUUUCUCACAAUAUCCCCCGGGAGUUUUCGUCUCGUCCCAGGGGAGACCAUCAAACUGGACACAUCGCAGGGACUCUCUGUCACAACAGAGAAGGGUGACAACAUGUUGGUCAUCAAGGAGACGGAGGAGGGUCAGGACCAAGAGUUUAAAGUGCAGGUUUUUCUUGAGAGGGAAAAUUCUAUGACAUCAGAAGCUCAGAUGAUAAUGAUGUGCAAUAGUUUCCCAUUACCUGUGAAGAUUAAUUUGACCUUGAAUUCUCCAUUUUGGGUCACACAUAAAAUUCUUACAGCUGGAGACAGGAAGUACAUCCAGAUCUCGUUAGAUGGCAGCACGACGGAGAAGUUCCUGUUAGCGGGUCCUGUGUUACGAUGUGAGAACCCAGACGUAGAAAUGCUUCCUAUGAACAAAAAUGGACAAGAACUGAGUGUCAGUCGUCACCAGACCGUGUCCUAUCUGUGGCAGCUCAAGUGUAACAGUGCAGACGUUGACCAUCUGAAGCUGGUCUUCUGUGUCGGUUACAGCAGUCCUCUUGACCUCCGUGAGAAGACCCACAAACUGACCUAUGCAUGUGCCAUAACUGAUUUCCAGACUUUGUACACUGUAAGAGUGGAUGUUAAACCUGAGGGAAAGAUGAAGGACUUCGAGGUGGGCCGUGGGGCCGUCAUGACUAUCAGGAUAUCUCAGUCCCAGGGCUGUGGUGAACAGACACCUGUGAUCUAUAAAAUCGAGAACAAACCUGACGUGUGGAAAAUCCCAGACAAAAGCUCAGGGUUAGUGAAGAUGCCAGAUAGACAGAAUAAAAUAACCUUGAAUGUUGUUCCCUUAAGACCAGGACUUUUUCAUGUUCCAAAAGUUACAGUGUUCAGACCCACUAAAGGUGUUUGGGAAAAAUCUGAGAACAACAGAAAAUCAGGCUCUUCCAGCGACAUAUCGCCAGACCAGGAGAAUGGCCCAUACCAUGGCUUCUCUAGGGGUCAAGUGUACUACGCCAGCAACGGCAAGCAGGUCAAGGUGUGUCAGGACUCUACAAACGGAGGGAACAAAUCUUAAUGUGCGACACAUUGACCAGGACUGUUCCGUUGGAUUCUAUUAUGUGCCAAAUAUAUAUAUUUUUUUGACACUGCCAGGUUACUAGUAUAUAUUGUGGGAAAAUGGAUCAGUAGUAGCCAGGAUUUGAUUGUUGCUAUUUAAUGCAUUGCUUACUGCCCCCUUUUAAGCGAGCUGUCAAAGAGAACAUCCAUGGCCUAAAAUGUGCCAUAUUUAUUCGUAAAAUAUGGAUGAUACUGAUUUAGCAUAUUCUAUUUUAACAUUGUGAACUGCUUGUCGGUAUUGAAAGGCCUUAUUUGCUUGUGAGAAACAGUAUUUGAAAAUUAUGACAAUUUGAAAUUUCUUUUGUUUGUCUUAAACCUCUGAAGCAUCUCUAACGUGAUUAUCCUUCAUUAGUAAUUGAUGAAGUGACACAAGGUGAGUCUGAGAGCAACAAAGAACGUCUUCUCACAGGUUUGUUAGAGUGGAAAGACUUCGUCUGAAUCAAAUUUUGCAAAGUGUGGUGUGGUUUUUUUUUUUUUUUUUGGUUGUUUUUUUUUAAACAUUUUACUGGGAAGAUUUAAAGGUAAUGGAUGUAUGGCGGAAAUUGUCAUUAUUGUUCAAUAAAAACUAAGUGCUUAC